ACCGGCGAGACUCGGGACUUUUUUCGCGAUCUUUCCUCGCUUCAUAAAACGUUCUUAGGCGAAGAAAGAAGACAGAUAAACCUAUAUUCCAUUCAUUUUUGGAUUAUUAAUUUAUUAUCCUGAUAAAAAAACAAUGAUUAUGAUUUUAAUAUGAUGUGAGAGACAUGGUCCUAGCCUAACUUUUUCGCAUCAUGCUGUCAAUUUUUUCUGUCAUGGAUAUUCAUUAUAUAUCGCGUGCAAUAUAAAUACAUAUAUAUCACGACGAUAGUUCAUCAUCUGUGUGUCGGCGAAUUGCACGCCCCAAGAUAAUCCCCAAUGCCGAGGAAAGGAUUGUUGACAGCCAGUGCACCGCUGUGCGAGAAGAUGGUCUGCCCAUCGCCGGAGGAACUGAGUGUGAUAACAAAUAAUGUCAGAUGCGAACAAUGCAGCCUCGUCUUCGCGAAUAUGUCGCGUUAUCGAAUGCAUGAUCUUAAGGUGCACCAGCGUAAGAAAUUAGAUAAAAUCGCGAAGGAGAACGUACGCUACCACUGCCCGGUGCAAUCUUGUGUCUAUGCUAUAAAUUCUCAGAGAUACUUUAGUAGCAUGAAAUAUCUGAAGCAACAUUAUCUGAAAGUUCACGCGGAAAAAAAUUAUGUGUGUGAUCGCUGCGGUAAAAGUUUCUCCACCGAAUCGACCAAGGAAGGACACACAAGGGUCUGUGGCAUAGAGUUCAAAUGUUCCUGUUCAAAGAUCUAUACUACGUAUGAGGCACUACUUACGCAUGCAAAGCGAUCCUCACAUACCUUAACAGAGAAAUACAAAAGUUUAAAACAUAACAACUCCAAGACAAUACAAAUUGUCUUACCAAGUAGAAUGAUAAGUAAACCUGUCGCGAUACUACCCAGUCCAGAUAAAUCUGAAAAAAAUGACAAAAAUGUUAGUACUACAGGGAAAAGUACAUCCGAAAUUGGUAUACAGACAGAUGAUUGCAAAAAAAGCAAAAAGAUAUCAAGCCCAUCAAAAUUCAAUAAUAAUAAUUCACAUUGUAAUGCAAAACGUCGAAUAUCCAAACAAACACAGACUAAUAAUUUGACUAAGGAAAAGGACUGUGGAAAAUCAAUGGAAACACAAACGACACAAGCGAACAAAGAGUCGUCAAAGAUACAUAAUCUUGGAAAGAAAUAUCGUCGUGCAUUAUCGAAACAGUCGGAUCAUGUGUUGCUCAAAGAGGAUCUUAAUCUUGGUGACAAUUUUGCAUCGACGAAUUUAUUUAGUCCACUACCGCUUUGCCACGAUGUGGGUUUGCAAGAUUUUUGGGAGAAGAAUACAUCUGGCACACAAACGAUACCAGAAAAGGAUAUGUUUGAAGCAUUUAAUGAUAACGUGACUCAGACGGAAUUCGAGACACUCUACGAGCAUAGUCAUAAUCCUCUAAUACAGUGCGUACCGAAAAACUCCGUGGCUCUGAUGACAUUGCCUUACGUCGAGGACGCAUCAACAGUUGUCGAAGGAUAUCCUUUCAGUUCGGCUAACGGUAUAUCUCGAAAAGAUCCUAUGCUAACUGCGAAAACAUUUGAUGAUAGAUUUAGCAGCAUAGAAACACAAACUGAACAAGCUUUUUCCCCCUCGUAUUUUUAUUCUGAAUCUUUAUCGAGAUCAUUUACCUUGAGUUCGAAUAUCGAAACUCAAACUACGGAUAAUCUGGAUAACAUGGAGCAAUUGUUGUACAGUAAUACAUGUACUCAAACUUGCAACGAAAUGCUAUCCUCUGAUCUAGGACUGUCCAAUAUACAAACUCAAACCGCUUGGUCGCACGACGACACUACAGUUUCUACCGAAACCCAAACGAAGUCUUUAAUUUGCGAGACUGAUUGCAACAUUCCCAUAGGAGCCUGUAGAUCCUGGCUAAACACGCAAAUAAGUCAUACUGAGACACAGACCGAUUUACUUAAUAUUUUUGAAGAAUUUCAGUAAAAAGUUAGAAUAAGAAAUUUGUUCAAAUAAUAAUAAUGAUUAAAAAUUGAAUAAGAGCCAGAUUUUUUUUCCUUGCACUCUAAUUAUCGCACUUCAUUAGCUCCUACUGGCCAAUUUUUAAUUAAUUUCAA